AUGAAAUCAAUUGAAAAAGAAGGAAAACGCCGCUUGGUUAAAGCGAAACAUGAUUACAGUGCUGAUAGCAAUAGUGAUUUAUCCUUUAAGAAGGGAGAUUAUAUUGAAAUUAUAGAGCAACCUGAUAGAGAUUGGUGGAAGGGUAAAUUACGUGAUAAGGAUGGCUAUGGAUGGUUUCCAGCUAAUCAUGUUACUGAGGUUAAAGUGAGUAACGUCAGAUCGUCUACAUUGCCCAGACAAAAUACUUCUGGCCAAUAUUAUGGUAUUGUUGUCCGAGAUAUCGUAAAACAAGAAGAGGAAUUUAUUGAAAAAUUACGGGACAUUUACCAGUAUUAUUUUAUACCUUUUAAAAAAGAAGAAGUGCUACCGGUUGGUGAUUCUGAAACCGUUUGCGGUAAAUUUGAAUCAUUAAUUAAAAUACAUGAGGGAUUUUUGAAAAGAUUGAAGGAUGAAACAGCGCGCAGCAAUAACGAGCAAUCUAUUGGUAGCUGCUUUCUCAAUUAUUUGCGUCAGUUCGAAGCUUUUUACCGAUUUUACUUUAUCAACUUCGCGGUCGCUUCGGUAUUAGUACGACGGAAUAGGAUUAAGUUAGAUGCUUUUAUAGAAAAUAAGCGAUUACCAACGCAUCAAGGCAUAACCUUUGCUACCUGCAUAGAAAUGCCUUUGAAGCAUUUUGAGGCGUAUCUAAAAGCACUGGGAGGACUCUUAGAAAACAUUAGGGAUGGACAUCCAUGCAAAGCAGCAUUGAGGGAUGCGUUAGUAGUAUUUUCCGAAUUGUUUAAUCUUUGUACAAAAUUGCGAAAAGCUAAAGAAACUGAAAUUGAUAUUGUCACUAAAAAAUUGAUAGGUUUUGAAGGAAAAUAUUUAGCGCACACCUACGGAAAAGCAAUUUACAUAUGCACUGUAUGGAUUAAAGCCGCCGAGGCUAAGGAACGCUAUUUAUUGAUAUUCGAUAAAGUGAUUGUGCUCGUUAGUGCGGGUUCUGGAUUUCAAGGAUACUGUUUGGAGGGUACGUUUAGUAUAACCCCAGAUCUUGGGAUUACUGUAGUAAAUGAUGUGAUUAAGCUUGAUGAAAAUAGCGAUGGCUAUAAAUGUGCUAUUGAAAUCAGAGAUAAUAAAAGCUACGAGACAUAUAUCCUUGAUGUUAAAGAUUUUGAACAGAUACUGAGAAUCUUACAAAAGAAACUUAACGACGCUUCUAAUGAAAACUUGCUUAGAAGAAAGUCUGCAAGCCUAAAUUUUAUAGCAAAGCAACAACCUGAAGAACUUGGUGUAUCCGCAGUUCUAGGUGAUAAACCAGUACUUCCAGAUCAUAAAGAAAAGCGCAGGACAGUCGGGCAGUACUACAAGUCGUUGGUGAUGGAUUUGCUCUCGAAUGAAAAGGUUUACGUUCAGGAAUUAAAGAAUAUUUUAUCGCAGUGUUUACUACCGUUAAAGUCUGAAAGGAGCCUCCAUGAAAAUGAUCAAUCUAUUGGUAGUUUUUUGUUGGAAAAUCGUAAAGAGUUGGAGGAAAAUUAUAAAAGUUACUUUAGUUGUCAUCCCGUUGCAGCUUCAACAAUUAUUCAGAAUAAGGAAGCUUUGGAUGCGUUAUUAGAAAAGAUGCAGUUACCAAAAAUGGAGACGUCCUCAAAUGUGACCUCUUGCAUUAGCAUUCCUUUACGUCAUUUAGAAGCGUACCCAAAUAAACUCAGAGAGCUACUAAAUAGUGUAGAAGAUCAUCAUCCAGGACGAAAUAAAUUACUCGAAGCAUUUGAAUUGCUAUCUGAUAUUAAUAAAUCAUGCGCUAUAGUAAGGAAGAAUAAAGAAAUUGAAACAGACAUUAUUACAGGGAAGCUCGAGGGCUUUCCGGAUGAAAACCUCAAGGGUAGAUACGGCUUACCAAUGUUCAUGUGCAAGACACAAAUGAAUGAUCCUGAGGCCAGCGACCGUUACGUAUUGGUUUUUGAUACGGCUGUUGCACUUGUAGGUGUAGUUGAAAAAUUAAGUGGAUACUAUUGUCGGGGUGAUAUUCCGAUAUCGGCAAAUUUUAAAGUAAAUACUAAGUUACGUAAUUCAGGAAAUAAAUCUUACACAAGCAUCGAAAUAGAAGAUAAAACUGUGUCUUAUUCCUUUGACUUGGAAAUAAACGAUGCGAAAAAUUUGUUAUCUCUUCUUAAUCGCUUGACUUAUUUAUCUAUUGAUGAUGAUAUAAAAGGUAGAGAAGAGGUAAUCGAUCAGGCUAUCGAUUCAAAUGGUAGUGCAGUUAAGUGGAAUGUUAAGAUGCUACGACCUAGCCGACUGGCCAAGACUUCGGUAGAAUUACUAGUAAAAGAGGAAAACAUUAACGAUUCUAGAAAGUUUUUGCCUUCAUCUCGCAAGAAGCAGGGUACCUAUGAUGCAAUGAUUAACAUGAGCGUUUUAUUUAACAAUUUUAUGAUACAUUUAGCUUAUACAUAA